AUGUUCGGUGCUGUUAGAUUAGUAUUCCUGGCAUUAACAUUGGCUGUUCUCGCCAAUAGCAAAAAAAUCUCUCGACAUGAAGCGAGAAAAAUACCCGACCACGUACUUUUCGGAGCUGCUACGGCAUCGUAUCAAGUAGAGGGAGCUUGGAAUGAAGACGGAUACGGAGGACAGUCUCUAGCGCCUCUUUACAAUAUUUCUGGAUAUGCUGAUUACAUGUGUGCCAAAAAUCUGCUAGUAGCACAUGCUAACGUCUACCAUUUGUAUAAUAAUGAAUUUCGUAGUCUCCAGGACGGUCAAAUUGGUAUAACAUUAAGUGCCAAAUGGUAUGAGCCUGAAUCAGACAGGGAUAUUGAAGCGGCUGAAGACACCAUACAAUUUGAGCGUGUACCCUGGGGAUUUUAUAAGCUGUUAACAAAAAUACGAGAGGACUACAACAACCCGCCAGUUUUCAUCACUGAGAACGGAUUCUCAACCCGAGGUGGUCUAAUUGACGACGACCGAGUUAAGUAUUACAGAACAUACAUUGAUGUUAUGCUCGAUGCUAUUGAAGAUGGAUCAGAUAUAAGAGUUUAUGCGGCUUGGAGUUUAAUGGAUAAUUUCGAAUGGAUGAGGGGAUACAGUGAACGUUUUGGUCUGUACGAGGUGGACUACGAGAGUCCUGAACGCACCCGCACUCCUCGCAAGUCAGCUUACUUCUACAAGGAGAUGCUGCGCACGCGGACACUGGACUAUCAUUAUGAACCAGAUAUGAGCUUGGGAAUGAAUAUCGAUGAUAAUUAA